UGGACCUCGUGCUGAAGGACUGUGCGCGGAAACCGUGCAACUACUCCGCCAGUCCGGAGUGGUCCGGAUAGCCGGUGUGCUCCUCCUUUUGAUGAAGUCGGGUGCCGUAUUAGGCUUCGCCGCGCGGUGGCAACCUGCGUCAGUCCCCCCGGUGUCCCCGCGCGCGUCGGACUCCAAACCGUUACUCACACGUCGCGAGGAUCACGAAUGCAAAGCGUACCGACGCACCGGCUCCUGCGCGUCGCACGUCGUUGUUAGCUUGGUCCCUUUUUCCUGCUCUUCCCUUCAGUCGGAACGCGAGUUUCCCUGCAAUUGUGCUUUUACCUCGCAGCGUGUUCGCGCGACUGGGGAAAGUUGCGCCGUCCGCGUGCGUGCGCUAUCCGGAGAAGGUCCGUUUGAACUUGUGGUGGAAUUACGGCGCAGGCGGCAGCUAAACUAAUGUUUCCAACAACCGCAGAUUUACCUUUUAGUGGAGAAGUACCCGAAAUGGACGCGCGCGCGCUUUGUUUUUCGACGGACUCCAGUAAUGCACGGGACUCUUAAAUAGAUUUUCUUGGGAAUAAGAAAAUACGAGCAAGCACGGGUGGGAGAAGCGACCUCCAACUUGUACUGCGUGCGCAACUGUUGAAAACAAAGGAGCCGGAUAUUUCGGGCUUAUCGAAGACAAAGUUCGUCGUGCGCUCCGACUGCCGGGCGAAAAUGACACGCGAUGCGGCGCCGGUUCUCGUCACGGCGAGCACGGUCUCGGAGAUGAAGACGCUUUAACCUCUAACUGACUCAUACAAGACGUCUCGUCCUUUGCGCAUCGGCACUGGACGCGGUAGCUCGCCUCUUCACAAAGACUGCCCGACACGCACACACACACACACACACACACACACUACUCUGCGAGGACUUGGUGCGCGCAACAUGUCUCCGGCGUGCCGGACUCUGUCGUUGCGUGCAGCGCGAUGUAGUGUGAUGCCACUGCGUGGGAACUCGGCCGGACUGAGCCUGCGACCCAGUUGGAUUGUACUGGUUUCGUUGGUCGCUCACUGCGCGACCGCUCAAGAUGACGUCCCCCCAUACUUUAAAACGGAACCAGUGCGCACACAGCUACACCUGGAGAGGAAUCGUCUGGUUCUUACCUGUAUGGCAGAGGGCAGCUGGCCGCUGGAGUUCAAAUGGAUCCACAAUGAAACAGAAAUCACACGCUUCUCAUUGGAGUACAGGUACCUGAUCCCAUCUCUGGACCGGACGCAUGCUGGGUUUUAUCGCUGCAUUGUGAGGAACCGUGUAGGAGCACUGCUACAGCGAAGGACAGAGGUAGAGGUGGCAUUUAUGGGCAGUUUUGAGGAGCGUGAGAGGGUGCAGACAGUGUCCCAAGGCGAGGGGGCUGUAAUUCCAGCCCCGCACAUCCGGAGCUUUCCGCAGCCGCAGGUCACGUGGUUCCGGGAUGGACGGAAGAUCCCGCCGAGCAGUCGCAUAGCCAUCACUCUGGACAACACACUGGUUAUCCUUUCAGCAGUGGCCCCAGAUGCAGGCCGCUACUACGCACAGGCUGUGAAUGACAAGAAUGGGGAGAACAAAACCAGCCAACCCAUCACCCUCACAGUGGAGAAUGUCGGGGGCCCUGCUGAUCCUAUCGCUCCAACCAUUGUCAUCCCACCCCGGAACACCAGUGUUAUUUCUGGAACAUCCGAGGUCACUAUGGAGUGUGUGGCCAAUGCCAGGCCGCUGAUAAAGCUGCGUAUCAGCUGGCGCAGGGACGGCAUCCCCGUGCACGGCAGCCUGAGUGACUCCAACCGCAGGCUGACCAUCCUCAGCCCCUCCGUCAGUGACGUGGGGUUCUACGAGUGUGAGGCUGAGCUACGUAGCAGCAGCGUGCCAUCCGUCAGCGCCGGGGCAUACCUCCACGUCCUGGAGCCGCCGCAGUUUGUGAAGGAACCAGAGAAACACAUCACGGCUGAGAUGGAGAAGGUGGUGGACAUUCCCUGCCAGGCGCGAGGUGUUCCCCAGCCAGACAUCGUGUGGUAUAAGGACGCUGUGCCCAUCAGUCGGGUGACGAUGCCCCGGUACCGGGUUCUGCCUGCAGGCAGCCUGCAGGUCAAUGGCCUCCUGCCCGACGAUACUGGAAUGUUCCAGUGUUUCGCUCGCAAUACAGCCGGAGAGGUGCAGACCAACACCUACCUCGCUGUGACCAGUAUUGCCCCAAACAUCACAGCAGGUCCGUCAGACAGCACUGUGAUUGAUGGGCUGUCAGUCAUCCUGCACUGUGAGACAUCAGGAGCCCCACGGCCUGCCAUCACCUGGCAGAAAGGUGAGAGGGUGUUAGCAAGCGGGUCAGUCCAGCUUCCCCGUUUCACUCUGUUGGAGUCUGGCAGUCUGCUGAUAAGCCCCUCCCACCUCUCUGACGCUGGUACCUACACCUGCAUGGCCAGCAACUCUCGCGGCAUUGAUGAGGCUUCUGCACACCUGGUGGUCUGGGCUCGCACCCGGAUAACAAAAGCUCCUCAGGACCAAAGCGUUAUUAAAGGCACCAAGGCCACCAUGAGCUGUGGAGUGACCCACGAUCCCAACGUCAGCGUCAGGUUUGUCUGGGAGAAGGACGGCCAGGCGGUUACUCCAAAGUCGUCACCACGGUUACGACUGGACAUUAAUGGGACACUGCACAUCUCUCAGACGUGGUCAGGUGACAUCGGCACGUACACCUGCAGAGUGACAUCAGUGGGGGGGAAUGACUCACACAGCGCACAUCUGAGAGUCAGGCAGCUCCCACAUGCUCCGGAGAGCCCCAGUGCAGAGCUGAGCACCGUGGACAGGAGGGCCAUCAAUCUGACCUGGGCCAAGCCCUUCGACGGCAACAGUCCCCUGAUGCGCUACAUGCUGGAGGUCUCUGAGAACAAUGCUCCAUGGAUGAUACUCCUGGCUAAUAUUGAGCCGGAGUCCACAGCAGUCACAGUGGGUGGACUGAUACCAGCACGAUCGUAUCAGUUUCGUCUUUGUGCUGUUAACAAUGUGGGAAAAGGCCCGUUCAGCAGGGAGACAGACAGAGUGUCUCUCCCAGAGGAGCCCCCUAGCGCCCCCCCUCAGAACGUGAUUGCCAGCGGCCGUACCAACUCCUCCAUCAUGAUCCAGUGGCAGCCUCCCCCGGAGAGCCAGCAGAAUGGCGUGCUCCGUGGAUACAUCAUACGCUACCGCCUAACGGGUCUGCCAGUGGACAUCCAGUACAAGAACAUCUCCAACCCGGAAGUCACAAACCUCCUCCUGGAGGAUCUCAUCAUCUGGACCAAUUAUGAAAUGGAAGUGGCAGCAUACAACGCAGCAGGCCUGGGCGUGUACUGCCACAAGGUGACGGAGUGGACACUGCAAGGAGUUCCAACCGUUGCCCCGGGUAACGUCCAGGCUGAACCUAUCAACUCCUCCUCCAUUCGGUUCACUUGGACAGCCCCCAACCCUCAGUUCAUUAAUGGAAUUAACCAGGGAUACAAGCUCUUGGCAUGGGAGCCAGACCAGGAGGAGGAGGUGUCUGUGGUGACGGUCCGGCCUCAUUUCCAGGACAGUGUACACGUGGGCUACAUCAGCGGCCUGAAGAAGUUCACCGACUACCUCACUUCAGUUCUCUGUUUCACCACACCGGGGGAUGGGCCUCGUAGCACCCCGCGCAGACUCCACACACACGAAGACACUCCGGGGGCUGUUGGCCACCUGAGUUUCACUGAGAUUCUCGAUACGUCUCUGAAAGUGAGCUGGAGAGAGCCCCAAGAGAAGAAUGGCAUUCUCACUGGGUAUCGGAUCUCAUGGGAAGAAUAUAACCGCACUAACACGCGUGUCACACACUACCUACCCAAUGUCACACUGGAAUAUCGUGUAACGGGACUGACAGCUCUCACCACCUACACCAUCGAGGUAGCGGCCAUGACGUCUAAAGGCCAGGGCCAGCUGUCCUCCUCAACCAUCUCCUCUGGAGUGCCACCAGAACUCCCGGGUCCCCCAACGAACUUGGCCAUCUCCAAUAUCGGCCCCCGGUCUGUUAGCCUGCAGUUCAAGCCAGGCUACGACGGCAAGACCUCCAUCUCACGCUGGCAGGUGGAAGCCCAGAUCAGUGUAUUGGGAGAGAAUGAAGACUGGAUGAUGGUUCACCAACUGGCUAAUGAACCAGACACCCGCUCACUGGAGGUUCCUGCUCUCAACCCUUACACCUUCUACAGGUUCCGCAUGCGCCAGGUGAACAUCGUGGGCACGAGUCCUCCCAGCCAGCCUUCCAGAAAGAUCCAAACACUUCAGGCACCUCCUGACAUGGCCCCUGCUAACAUCACCCUGCGUACAGCCAGCGAAACCAGCCUCUGGUUGCGAUGGGUGCCCCUACCUGAGUGGGAGUAUAAUGGGAACCCAGAGUCAGUGGGCUACAGGGUCCAGUGCAGCCGCCCGGGCUCCCAGACCAAGGUCCAAACCCAUGUGAUCCCAGACCGCAUGGAGAGGGAGUUCACCAUCGAAGACCUGGAGGAGUGGACCGAGUACGAGGUCAAAGUUCAGGCCAUCAACGGUAUUGGAACCGGACCCUGGAGUCUGGCUGUGCGAGGGCGUACCAGAGAAUCCGUCCCCUCGUGUGGUCCCACUAAUAUCUCAGCCUUCGCGACCACCUCCAGCAGUAUUCUGGUGCGCUGGUCAGAAGUUCCGGAACCAGACCGAAACGGCCUCAUCCUGGGCUACAAGGUGGUGUAUAAGGAGAAGGACUCGGACUCACCUGUGCAGUUCAGGUCUGUGGAGGGGAAUUCGACCCACAGUGUGCAGCUCUUGGCCCUGGGGAAGUACGUGUUGUACGAGAUCCAGGUUCUGGCCUUCACUCGCAUCGGAGACGGACGUCCCAGUGUGCCGCCCAUCCUCGAGCGCACGCUUGAUGACGUACCUGGCCCUCCGGUUGGAAUUCUGUUCCCGGAGGUGCGGACCACCUCUGUUAGGGUUAUCUGGCAGUCUCCUUCUCAGCCUAAUGGGAUCAUACUGGCCUAUCAGAUCACAUAUAGGCUGAAUUUCACCAAUAGCAACACAGCAACAGUGGACGUGUUGAACCCGAGCACGCGGCAAUACACGGCUACCGGGCUGAAAGUGGAAUCUGUGUAUGUGUUCCGCAUCAUGGCUCAGACACGCAAAGGCUGGGGGGAAGCAGCAGAAGCCCUGGUGGUUACCACAGAGAAGAGAGCACGACCCCAACCCACCAGCCGGCCCACGGUGCCACAAGAAAGUGUGCAGGCGCGAAGCGUGCUGUUGUCUUGGGAACCCGGUAGUGACGGUCUCUCACCUGUGCGGUACUAUACGGUACAGGUGCGAGAGCUUCCCAGCCACAACUGGACCAUCCACUCUGCAUCCGUCAAACAUGAGGCCUCCUCCUACACCGUAGACAGAUUAAAGCCCUUUACUUCAUACCAGUUCCGGGUAAAAGCCACUAAUGACAUAGGAGACAGUGACUACAGUAAAGACAGUGAGGCCAUCACCACCCUGCAGGACGCCCCAGAGGAAGCACCGACCGUUCUCUCGGUUACUCCGCACACCACCACGUCUGUGUUGAUUCGCUGGCAGCCUCCAGCAGAGGAGAGGAUUAACGGUAUUCUGCUGGGCUUCCGUAUCCGCUACCGGGAGCUGCUGUACGACCGUAUACACACCUACAGCACACGGCCCAUCAACAGACCCUCUGAUAGCUGGAGUGAACUCACCUCUCCUUACAGUAUGCGAAACCUCAGUGAGCCGUCAUUGAGCCAGUAUGAACUACACAAUCUCAGCAAACACAAGCGUUAUGAAAUCAGAAUGAGUGUGUAUAAUGCCGUGGGGGAGGGGCCUACCAGUUCACCACAGGAAGUGUUCGUAGGUGAAGCAGUGCCAACGGCACCGCCCCAAAAUGUGGCCAUCCAAUCAGCUACUGCCACACAGCUGGAUGUCACUUGGGACCCACCUCCACUGGACACACAGAAUGGAGACAUCCAGGGCUACAAGAUCUACUUCUGGGAGUUCCAACGUAAGAAUGAGACGGAGAAACUGAGAACACUCUUCCUGCCUGAGGGAUCCGUGAAGCUGAAGAACCUGACAGGUUACACCACCUACGUGAUCAGUGUUGCCCCCUUCAAUGCCGCUGGCGACGGCCCACGCAGUCCUUCCACCAGGGGGCGCACCCAGCAAGCUGCUCCCAGUGCUCCAAGAUUCAUCCACUUUAGUGAACUCACCACCACCUCUGUGAAUGUGUCCUGGGGUGAGCCAGUCUUCCCCAAUGGUAUCAUUGAGGGCUAUCGGCUCAUCUAUGAACCCUGCACCGCUGUCGAUGGAGUCAGUAAGAUAGUGACAGUGGAUGUGAAGGGUGGUGCUCCCCUGUGGCUGAAAAUCAAAGACCUGGCUGAUGGGGUCACCUACAACUUCCGCAUCCGGGCCAAAACCUUCACCUAUGGACCCGAAGUGGAGGCCAACAUCACCAGUGGACCUGGCGAAGGGGCCCCAGGGCCACCUGGUGAACCAUUCAUCUCUCGCUAUGGCUCCGCCCUCACCAUCCACUGGACCAAUGGGGAUCCUGGACGAGCCCCUAUUACAAGAUUUGUCAUUGAAGCCCGACCUUCAGAUGAAGGCUUGUGGGAUAUUUUGAUAAAGGAUAUUCCUAAGGAAGUGACAUCAUACACGUUUAACAUGGACAUCCUAAAGCAAGGUGUGAGCUAUGACUUCCGAGUCAUUGGAGUCAACGACUAUGGAUACGGCUCCCCGAGCCAACCUUCUCCCUCUAUUUCAGCCCAAAAGGUGGCACCAUUUUAUGAGGAAUGGUGGUUCUUGGUAGUGGUGGCAUUGGUUGGUCUUAUCUUUAUUCUCCUGCUGGUGUUCAUCCUGAUUAUUAGAGGGCAAAGCAAGAAAUAUACCAAGAAAUCAGACCCAGCCAGCAGCUCGAACUGCCAUGCACUGAGCCAUGGUGAGAUGGUGGGUCUGGAUGAGAGUCGCUUCCCCGCCCUCGAGCUCAACAACCGCCGGCUGUCUGUCAAAAACUCCUUCUGCCGCAAAAAUGGAGUUUACACCAGGUCCCCCCCCAGGCCGAGUCCUGGUGGUUUGCACUACUCUGACGAGGACAUCAGCACCAAGUACAACGACUUAAUCCCAGCAGAGAGCAGCAGCCUGACUGAUAAGCCAUCUGAGACCUCUGACUCUCAGGAGGCGCUUGUGUUCUCCUAUAAGCCUGGGGGCCCUCCCGUACCUCCACCUCACUGGGGCACCGACAGUGAGCACGAGGGCGAGCCGCACCACCAGAAGACGCACUCUUUCGUCAACCACUACAUCAGCGACCCAACCUACUACAACUCCUGGCGCCGGCAGCAGAGGGGCAUCUCCCGGGCGCCCACCUACGACUACAGCGAGCCCGAGGGAGGAGACCCCGACCGUAGUGCCGCCCCUGCCCCGCCAGCCCCCCAGCUGCCCCCCACCAUGCCCUCCGUCCCGGCCCCGUCCCGGCCGCAGACGCAGGGCGGUCUGUUUCGACCCAAAGGCAGCCGAACUCCCACUCCUUGCCAGCAGAGCUCCAACCCGCCCAGCCUGCACGGCACGCUGUACCGCCCCCCCAGCAGUCUGGCCCCAGGCACCCGGGCCCCGGUCGCCGGCUUCUCCUCCUUCGUCUAAAGGGGGCGGCGGCCACUGCAGGAAGACGAAAGGGGUGGAGUUCUGCUGCCUCCGCCCCCAUCAAAGCCUUUGUGUGUAGAGUGAAACGCCAACAAGCAACAAUUCCAGAUCCAUUGCAUUUGGAUUUAUAUCAUCACAGGUUGUUUUUUUUAUGAUUUGCCUUGUUUUCUUUGUUUAUCACAAGCAUACCAGUGUUUUUUUGUUUGUUUGUUUGUUUGUUUUAUAAGAGUUUGUUGUGCUGUUCGUGGCAUCUUAGCUUCUUACGCACAGAGACACUGUACAGGAGCUGCAAAACGCUUCAGGCUUAUUUUAAGCUUUUUUCUAAUUUUGUUGCAUGUGCGAGUUGCAUGGUUUGAUAUUUUAUAUCUAUAAUUUUUUCCAUUUUUAAAAAUUUAUCUUUAAUCAAUGCAAAAACAAAACAUUUAAUGGAAGUAAAAGAGAAUCUACAAGACUCUGGAGUGUCAGAGUCUGACAUCCACAAGGAACAGGAAGGAGCAGAAAAAAUCUCAAAGUGAGUCUGAGUGAGAGCAUCUCAGAGCAGAAAAGUUUCAGAGUGAGUCUGAGUGAGAGUCUCAUGCAGAAAAGUCUCAGAGUGAGUCUAAGUGAGAGAAUCUCAGAUCAGGAAAAGUCUCAGCAUGAGUCAGAGUGUGACAGUCUCAGAGUGGGAGAGUCUAGGAAUGUAACCAGG